CGAAGUAAAAGUGUUACACUGAUCACGAGUGAAAGUCUAAAGGAAAGACAAAAGAUUUUGAAAAAUCUAAAAGACAAACGAAAGACAUUGGUGUGUACACAUUACCAUGCACCUUUGAAUUUAAAUUAAAGUGAAUUUUUACCUCAUUGUUUCUUUUUAUAGGUUGAUGGAAGACAUCAGUUUUUGUUCACAAAGGUAUGUCUUUUGUCUGCAGUUGGUGAAAACAGCAUGUUCAUUUUUUUAGGCAAAUUUAUUCUAACUUGUGAAGAGACUUUUUAAUUCCCUUGUAUGCAUCACUUUUGCUGACAUGAUAAGCAAUGUACAUAUUAGACAAAAGAAAAAGUUGCUUCAUGCGACUAAAUUCGCCUUGUGGAAAACACGCUUGAGCCUGUGUUUGAAAAUCUGAUACUUGGAAAUAAUCAUGAAAUCAUUAUAAUUGUGGCCAUGCAAACCUUUUAAAAGCCAUUAAAGAUUUACUCAAUCUUUUGCAUAUAGAUGAGGUGUCACAUACUGUAUAUAUGCCCAGGGUUUCCGUGAUUGCAAUUUUCAAUGCAUGUAUUUUGGGGAUGCAUGUGCUUAAUGUUAAGUUCAUCUCAUUCUUAGAUUGCCGAUGCAAUUGGUGUUGAUGCCACAACCGCUGAAGAUUUUAUAUUAGGAGAUCAAAAGGUGCAUUACCAUAUAUAUAUCUAUAACUGUAACUUUAUUAAUAAUAACUAAUGCAUCUAAUUCAAUUUACUAGUAACAGGCUAAAAUAGUAGCGGCAGGAACACCGGGAACACUGAUUAGAACAAAGAUUGAUAUAGGCUGAGCAAAGUGCUCCUAACUGUGCAUGCAUAUUUGGUUUUGUCUUUUAGUUUGAUGAUAUUGAGGAGUUCUUCAAGGUUGAUGGUUCAAGAGCAAUCCUGUUCCUCUAUCAAGAAUCUGCUGUAAGUACCAUAAUUAUUAUUUUCCCAUUACAUUUCAGGUAUCACCACAACCAUAAUGUAUAUAACCAUUCAACCAUCAAUCACUGUCAUCAUCUACCAUCGUCACAACCACCAUCCUUGUCACUAUCACCAUGCAUCGAUCAUCACCAUCACUUACUGUUACAGUACAUGACCACCAUCAUCGUCACUGCAGGUAACGUUACAAGCAACCAUCGUAUUGUCACCAUUCACUUGUACAGUAAUUGUGCGAUAUUGAUAUGUGUAAAGCAAUAUGUUUUAUGUAAUAUCCUUUUAGAUUAAUCGACCAGAUUUAAGUGGCCAGGCUGCCAAUUCACCAAAGAAGUUAUUCAUUGCAGACCGUGCUAAUGAGGUUUGUUGAGAGAGCAUUGGAGAAUAUAACUUGUUGAGAGAGAAUACUGUAUAUACCAUAAGAACAAUAAUGUUAUCUAAAUUCUCUGUUUUUUAGCAUGUCAAUGGUGUUUGUUUAUUUUUCCUUCGAACUAAUCCAAAAGCCGUCUCUGUAUCCAAUGUGGGCCAGGUACGUAACUGUUGUAACAUAUCAUACUUGUAUGUUUCACUUUAGUUUUAUGCAGGCAGGUAGCCAAAACUACAUAGCAGUUAGACCCUGAUGCACAUAAAUACUAUGUAUAUUAUUUUGACAUUUUAGCAUAAUUUGUUUUAAUGUUAUAUAUUGUAACUUAUUGUGAGGGGCCCCAUAAUUGGAGAUUAUCUCUGUGGCUAGUCCCUGCCCGAAUUGUAUGUAAAUUUUGUAAAGUAUUAGUCUUAUUUAUGUCUGUUAUGUUUGGCGAAUCUUGUAAAAUAAAAUAAAAUAAAAUAAAUAUAUUUAUAAUGACAUUUCUAAUUUUGUAGGAGGUGAAUUUCAUGAUGCUUGAUGCAACAGAUGGUCGUCUUCUGGAAGGAUUUGAAAAACUUCUUGGACGAAUAAUGGUGCCAGCUUUGAGAAAUCAAAAGGUACAUAGCCACCACUAUGGCGCUAGUGAAUUCUUGAUGUGGUACUGUUCUAAAGUUAAUUAACGUAAUAUGAUUUGUUUGAUUUUGUUUCACAGCAAUGGGGUCAAAUGUCUAACCAGCAGUCAUCCAUUCAAGAGUUCUUGGAAAAUCUCGAGAAAUUCGUAAACAUUUUAUCUGGCGCAAAGAACAACAUGGAUGGCCGUGUGAAACUUGGUGAACAUGGUCUUAAAGAGUUACUGGAUGGUUUGAACACUCCUGCUGACUAUCUCGCUGCAGGUGGGUAUUGAGGCACUUUUAUUUCUUAAAAUCUAGUUGCCCCUCAGGGAAAUCAGCUGUAGUGAAAUGAAGUUUUACCAUAUUAUACCAUCACUUAAUUGUUUUUAGCCAAAAGUCCUGAGACAGUUGACAAACUGGAGGGUCUUGUUGUAUUGUGGGCGAAAGAAAUCGAAUUGGUUUUGGCCAAGAGCGAACAGGUACUAAUCAUUAUGUGAAAUAUGAAAUAUUGAAAGAGGUUUUUGUUUGCUUUGAUUGUAAUAAUUUGAAAGAAACUUUGAUUGUGUGAUAAAUGUGUAAUAUUCUAUCGUCUGUAUUCUAAAAGCUCACACUCAAAGAGUGGAGGUUCAAUCUGAACUUCUGUUGUCAAUGUCAAUGCUGUUUUUGAAUAGCUGAAGGGUUGGUGUCGUAACUUACUCUGUGACUAUACUUACCCUCCAGCUAUUCAAAAACAGCACUGACGCUCAAGAGAAGCUCAGGUUGAAUCCAUUCUUUGAGUGUGAGUGCGCUUUCAGAAUAUAGGCGUAAGUCUAGUAAACUUGUUUUUCUUCUUGUUUCAUUGUAAAGCUUCGAAAAGAGGCUGAUGAUAUUGGGCCAGCUGCUGAACUUGAUCACUGGAAGCAGAGAAUGGCAAAGUUUAACAGGUAAUAACUGUGUGCUGUUUUGUAUUACUUAGCCUUGUGAAUGUUUUCUUCAAAUUUUAUGCAGUGUGUUUUCGAUCAGUUUAAAUUAACUAGACUUUAUUUAUUACCCAAACGUCUAGUUUGCUGGAUGAAAUUAAAAGUCGUCACUGCAAGGCAGCAAUUGGUGUCCUUCAUGCAGCAAAGUCUAAGAGUUUGAAACACUGGAAAGAUCUUGUAAGUAUUAUAGAUAAGCAUGGUUCUACAUCUAUAAUUAUAAUAUCUGUCUAUUAAGAAACAUUAAUUAUCUCAAGUAUUAAAUGAUAACAUUUCAUGUUUAUUAUAGGACAGCCGUAUUACAGAUGCUGCGAACGAGGCAAAGGAUAACGUCAAGUAUCUGUAUACGUUGGAUAAAUUCUUUGGUCCUUUGGUGAAAUGUUCACCCGUAAGCAAUUUUCACAGCAGCGCUUUUAAUAAUACUGUAUAUUGUGUAUAUAUAGGUCUGGGGUGUUUUAUAAAGUGUGAUGAUGUCGAGCACUAAUUGUGGUGGUCUUGUGUUUGCUGACAAUACAUUCAGUGGAAACAUUCAGCUCUCGAUCACAAAUACUAGGAUUGGGAUUAGGAUUUAGGAUUUGCUUUGUUCAGAUGAAAAUUGAUCCUAUAUAGUACUGAUCUUUUGUGUUUGUUUGUUUUAGACUGAGAUGACAGAAUAUGUUCCCAGUUUGAUGAACUCAAUCCGUAUGAUUCAUACCAUAUCUCAGUAUUACAACACAUCAGAACGCAUGACUUCACUGUUUGUUAAAGUAACCAAUCAGAUGAUUUCAACAUGCAAAGCAUAUAUCAACAAAGGAGUGAGCAGAAUCUGGGAUUUACCAAGGUAUGGAUUUAUCAUGCAUGCAUGCAUGCAUGCAGGACUCUUGGCAUGAUCUUCUAAGUUACACCAUGACUAACUGCUAACUGCUAAGUUACAUCAUGACUCUUGGCAUGAUCUUCUAAGUUACACUAUGACUAACUGCUAAGUUACAUCAUGACUCUUGGCAUGAUCUUCUAAGUUACACUAUGACUAACUGCUAAGUUACAUCAUGACUCUUGGCAUGAUCUUCUAAGUUACACUAUGACUAACUGCUAAGUUACAUCAUGACUGUUGGCAUGAUCUUCUAAGUUACACUAUGACUAACUGCUAAGUUACAUCAUGACUCUUGGCAUGAUCUUCUAAGUUACACUAUGACUAACUGCUAAGUUACAUCAUGACUCUUGGCAUGAUCUUCUAAGUUACACUAUGACUAACUGCUAAGUUACAUCAUGACUGUUGGCAUGAUCUUCUAAGUUACACUAUGACUAACUGCUAAGUUACAUCAUGACUCUUGGCAUGAUCUUCUAAGUUACACUAUGACUAACUGCUAAGUUACAUCAUGACUGUUGGCAUGAUCUUCUAAGUUACACUAUGACUAACUGCUAAGUUACAUCAGGACUCUUGGCAUGAUCUUCUAAGUUACACUAUGACUAACUGCUAAGUUACAUCAUGACUCUUGGCAUGAUCUUCUAAGUUACACUAUGACUAACUGCUAAGUUACAUCAUGACUCUUGGCAUGAUCUUCUAAGUUACACCAUGACUAACUGCUAAGUUACAUCAUGACUCUUGGCAUGAUCUUCUAAGUUACACUAUGACUAACUGCUAAGUUACACCAUGACUCUUGGCAUGAUCUUCUAAGUUACACUAUGACUAACUGCUAAGUUACAUCAUGACUCUUGGCAUGAUCUUCUAAGUUACACUAUGACUAACUGCUAAGUUACAUCAUGACUCUUGGCAUGAUCUUCUAAGUUACACUAUGACUAACUGCUAAGUUACAUCAUGACUCUUGGCAUGAUGUAACUUAUCAGUGCAAGGUGGGAGAGAGCACAGAAGAAAAUUUUCUUCAGUACAGAGCUUCAGGUGUGACAAGACUUCCACUAACCAAUCAGAAUGCAUCUUGUCUAACACAACCAAUCAAAUGUGUACUGAGCCGGUGAAAUGGUAGUGGAAGUGAAAUUUGAACCUGUCUAAUUAAAGCCCUCACGGGCAAACUAGCAAACAUUGUUGCAGAAACAUUUGUGAUUAUCGAUUUUUCCUCAAAUGUUUCCAUGUUUGCCCACCCGUGGAAACAUUGUUGCAGAAACAAAAUUUGCUUCCCGGGAAACAAAAAUAUUUCCUACCAAAUUCAGAGACAUUUGAUGUUUCCCUAUGUUUCUCACUAAUGUUUCCUAGUGUUUGCCCACUCUGGGAAACAUGGCGAAACAUUGGUAGGAAACAGUUAAUGUUUCCGCAACAAUGUUUCCUAGUUUGCCCUGGGCUUAAGAGUUGCCCAUAUUCAAGAACAUCUACCUCUGCAUGAUCUAACCAUAUUCAUUUCAGCAGCAUGUACUGUACAGUACAGGAUCAGAUCAUAUGUUCAAUAGCAUGCCCAGUAUCUUAAAGGUUUACUGUAUCUGCCCUUGUACAGUACGGUCUAACCGUUAGUUAUUACGUACUGUACUUUAGAGAAACACUGUCAUCAAGAUUGCAAGAAGCAGUAAAACUUAAUGAAGUUUAUCAGACAGCUUUCCACAGAACAAAAAACAAGCUGAAAGAGACUCAGAGUGAAAGACAGUUUGAAUUCAGGUAUAUUGUGAAUAAUUUAUUAUAUCGAAAAGGAGUAUUUAAUUAGUAAGCCCAUUUAUAGUAAGUGAUACUGAUUAAUAAUUUAUGGUGUUUACUGUAGUGAGAAUUAUAUAUUUGGCAAGUUUGAUGCGUUUUGUAAGCGACUUGAGAAACUCGACGACAUGCUGAUAGCGAUGGAGAAUCUUUCUGGACUUCAGAAAAUAAAAAUUGAGGUACAGUAUGUAUUUUUGUUGACUUCAAACAAGAAGUCUUGGGCAUUUUUGCAGUAAGAUUAAUACAAAUUUAUCUCUUAGGGAAUUGAAACGAUAGUGGUCAGAUACCAAACCAUGGUUGCCACAGUUAAGAAAAAGACGUACGAUCUGUUAGAUCAUCGCAAGGGAGAGGUACGGUGAUAAAAUAAGUCGGCAACCACUCUCGAUUGUUUGGUUCAAACUCCGGUACACGUCACUGUCAAUACAAUGAUGAACUUUUUCGUUGCAGUUUGAUACGGACUAUGAAGAAUUCAAACAAAGUGUCGAAGCUUUGAAAGAACAACUUCAACUUUUUGUUGAUUCGUGGUUUGAAAAAUCUUUAUCG